AUGUCUGAGCGUGGCAGGAUGGAGAAGGGAAGGGCGGGCUUAAGCCGUCGAUAUUUUUUGUUCUUUGUCUCUUACUCUUCUCUGGGCUUCAUGCUUCUGGCGGGGACUACCUACUUCAAACCCCUUUGGAGGUUCGUAGUUGGACGUACCUGUACAAUAACGAUUUCCAAGCUUGGGAUUUAUGCCGACGUUGGAAUUCGGGAGCUCGGGACGGUUGGAAGUUUCGCUGGUUUUGGGGUUGCAUUCCAGGUCGGUGUUGAAGAUCUGCGAGGACGGACUAUAGGCGCCGAUCUUCCGGUAGAUGAAGGCACCUCACUGAGCCGUAGUUGGAAUGCCGUCUACCUUAUUGUGUACGGUACUUCAUACGGAUACACUACGAGUGAGACUUUCAGAUGUCAAGCCUCUCUCGGGGCACGGGCAUGGGCACGGUUGAAGCACAAGCCAGAGACACGACAAAGUGGUGAGGAAUCAUCUGGUGGUUUGGGUUCAAGGAAACGUUGCGAUGCGAUUUCCAGGGUCCAAGAAAAAGGUACCUUGGAUUUGCACGGACCAUGGGGACGUGGUACCUACUGCCACCGCCUGGAGCUGGGACUGGCCAGCCUAUGGGACUAUGGGUGCUGCAUCGCUGCUGGUCCGCUUUUCACUGCCCAAAUGGUGAUCGGGUCGACGGGUCCCACGGCCAAGUUACUGGAGACGGGAUGGACACCGCCCAACCACCGCCAAUUGCUGGAUGUUGACGUCGCCCGCGUCGUCGCCUCCUGCCCGGUCCUACGCCUCACGACUCUUGGGCCGCACUCUUUGUCACCUCCCUCGCAUACCUGGCUCAACACUGACGGAUACCUGCUGUCUGAUAUCCAUACGUACGGAGUACGCAACUACCUCACGCACAAAUUGAAACGAAACGAAGUUUGCCUGUCUAGCAUCCCCGACGCUUUUGCAUAG